GGCCGGGAGCCGCGCAAGGGGCGGAGAGAGCGAGAGGCGAGCGGCGGCGGGGCGGCGCGGGGCGGCGCGGGGCGGAGGGCGCCCGAGGGCGAGCGGGCAGGCGGGCACGGCGGGUUCCGGGCCAGCCCCGAGGGCUGUCGGUUGGCCGGGCGCGCGGAGCCUAGCCGGGGCCUUGCUGGAGCCGGGCCGGGCAACAGGGGCCGCCGCCGCCCGGGCCCGCCGCCCGCGCCCCCCACGCUGGCCCAGAGGGCUGCGGCCGCGUCGCCGCUGAGGAUGUCCCGGAAGGGGCCGCGAGCGGAGGUGUGUGCCGACUGCAGCGCCCCGGACCCUGGCUGGGCCUCCAUCAGCAGGGGCGUGCUGGUGUGUGACGAGUGCUGCAGCGUGCACCGGAGCCUGGGACGCCACAUCUCCAUUGUGAAGCACCUUCGCCACAGCGCCUGGCCUCCCACACUGCUGCAGAUGGUGCACACGCUCGCCAGCAAUGGGGCCAACUCCAUCUGGGAGCAUUCUCUGCUGGACCCUGCACAAGUGCAGAGUGGCCGGCGCAAAGCCAACCCUCAAGACAAAGUCCACCCCAUCAAGUCCGAGUUCAUCAGGGCCAAGUACCAGAUGCUGGCAUUUGUGCAUAAGCUUCCCUGCCGGGAUGAUGACGGGGUCACCGCCAAAGACCUCAGCAAGCAACUGCACUCGAGCGUGCGGACGGGCAACUUGGAGACAUGUCUGCGCCUGCUGUCCCUGGGUGCCCAGGCCAACUUCUUCCACCCAGAGAAGGGCACCACGCCUCUACACGUGGCUGCCAAGGCAGGGCAGACGCUGCAGGCUGAGCUUCUUGUAGUGUAUGGGGCCGACCCUGGCUCCCCUGACGUUAAUGGCCGUACCCCCAUUGACUACGCCAGGCAGGCGGGGCACCAUGAGCUGGCCGAAAGGCUAGUCGAGUGCCAAUAUGAGCUCACUGACCGGUUGGCCUUCUAUCUCUGUGGACGAAAGCCUGAUCACAAGAAUGGGCAUUACAUCAUCCCACAGAUGGCCGACAGAUCUCGGCAAAAGUGCAUGUCUCAGAGCCUGGACCUGUCCGAGUUAGCCAAAGCUGCCAAGAAGAAGCUGCAGGCGCUCAGCAACCGGCUUUUUGAGGAACUUGCCAUGGACGUGUAUGACGAGGUGGAUCGAAGAGAAAAUGAUGCUGUGUGGCUGGCUACCCAAAACCACAGCACCCUGGUGACAGAGCGCAGUGCUGUGCCCUUCCUGCCUGUUAACCCCGAAUACUCGGCCACACGGAAUCAGGGGCGGCAGAAGUUGGCGCGUUUUAAUGCCCGAGAGUUUGCCACCUUGAUCAUCGACAUUCUCAGUGAGGCCAAGCGGAGGCAGCAGGGCAAGGGCCUGAGCAGCCCCACAGACAACCUCGAGCUACCUGCGCGGAGCCAGAGUGACCUCGACGACCAGCACGACUACGACAGUGUGGCCUCGGACGAGGACACGGACCAGGAGCCCCUGCGCACUGCGGGCACCACGCGGAACAACCGAGCCCGGAGCAUGGACUCCUCGGACCUGUCCGACGGGGCCGUGACGCUGCAGGAGUACCUGGAGCUGAAGAAGGCCCUGGCCACCUCCGAGGCAAAGGUGCAGCAGCUCAUGAAGGUCAACAGCAGCUUGAGUGAUGAGCUCCGGAGGCUGCAGAGGGAGAUCCACAAGCUGCAGGCGGAGAACUUGCAGAUCCGGCAGCCGCCAGGACCAGUGCCCACACCCCCACUCCCCAGCGACCGGGCAGAACACGUGUCCAUGGGGCCUGGUGGGAGUGCCCACCGCAGGGACCGCCAGGCCUUCUCCAUGUAUGAACCAGGUUCUGCCCUGAAGCCCUUUGGGGGCCCACCUGGGGACGAGCUUGCCACCCGGCUCCAGCCUUUCCACAGCACUGAACUGGAGGACGACGCCAUGUAUUCUAUGCAUGUCCCUGCCGGCCUUUACCGGAUCCGGAAGGGGGUGUCGGCCUCAGCUGUGCCCUUCACUCCCUCCUCCCCGCUGCUGUCCUGCUCCCAGGAAGGAAGCCGCCAUACGAGCAAGCUUUCCCGCCACGGCAGUGGUGCCGACAGCGAUUAUGAGAACACACAAAGUGGGGACCCACUGCUCGGGAUGGAAGGGAAGAGGUUUCUAGAGCUCGCCAAGGAGGAGGAUUUCCACCCCGAGUUGGAAAGCCUGGAUGGAGACCUGGACCCUGGGCUUCCCAGCACGGAGGACGUCAUCCUGAAGACAGAGCAGGUUACCAAGAACAUUCAGGAAUUGUUGCGGGCUGCCCAGGAAUUCAAACAUGACAGCUUUGUGCCCUGCUCAGAGAAGAUCCAUUUGGCUGUGACUGAGAUGGCCUCUCUCUUCCCAAAGAGGCCAGCCUUGGAGCCAGUGCGCAGCUCUCUGCGGCUGCUCAACGCCAGCGCCUACCGGCUGCAGAGCGAGUGCCGUAAGACAGUGCCCCCCGAGCCGGGUGCCCCAGUGGACUUCCAGCUGCUGACGCAGCAGGUGAUCCAGUGCGCCUAUGACAUCGCCAAGGCUGCUAAGCAGCUGGUCACCAUCACCACCCGCGAGAAGAAGCAGUGACCACUCCCCCUGCACCCUCACCUACACCCUGGGACCUCACUGGCCAUGGGAGCUGGGCCACUCCAAAUACUAAUCCCCACCCCAACAGAGCCUCUGGCUCAAGUGCCCUUAGUGCUGCCACUCUCCCCUGGCAGCCAGGUGCCCUGGUGCCCACCCCCCUCAGACCCCCAAGGAUGGGGAGGUGGGGUGGCAGGAGCUUCUGCCCCCCACAUUCCAUGCACCUCCCCCUGUACAUAGCAUCCCUUCCCUUCUCCUGGGCAGGGGCUUGUAAGGCACCACUCCCGCCCCUUGCCCUCUGGGGCGCCUUCAGCAAAGGGUCAGGUGGGGACACUCUGAGUGGGGCGGUUCCCCCUACAUGCACCCCACCCCCAUGAGCCAAUUCAGCCCUAUUGGGGGCUGAGUGGGGGCAUCCCCCUCCUUUGUACAUAAUCUCCGUGGAUGUCCCCGCCCUGUAGCCACCAGCCCCCAUGCUGCUCUCUUUUAAUGCCAAAAGGCCCCCGCCUAGGGCACAGGCUCCAACCUGUGUUCCCGGGGUCCCCAGCAGCAAACACUGGAAAACCUUUUUUUUUCUCCCUCUCCUCUCCCACCCCUUAAUUUUAACGUCGUGGUAACUGAGUGUCCCUGCGUGCCUGCGUGUGAGUGUGCGGGGCGGCAGUGCCGUCCCGGAGGCCUGGCCCAUCGGGAGUUUUGUGAGGGGUGAGCGGACCAGAGCAGCAGGACCAGCGUUGGGGUUCAGCCUCCCUCUCCCCCAUCCUGGGGCCAGGGACUGCCUGGGUAACCAGCUGGGGUCCUGCCCACUGUCUCCCCUCAUCCCUCCCACCACUCGUACCCCUUCUCUAUGAACUUAAAGUGAAAACCACUUCCCUCCAUCUCUCCUCCUCCCUUGUGGAGGCGGAGUGUGCUGGCUAGGGCAGAGAACUGAGCACCUGAGCCUGGGGCUGGCUCCCCAGGGUCCCCAAUUCAGCUAGAGGCCCCUCCCUGAUAACCUCUGAGAGGCCAGCACCUGUGCCUGCGGUAUCUGUGUACCUGGAACCUGGGCUGCAGCCUGGGAAGGCUGGAGAGGCAGAUGGUAGCAACCACCAGCUCUUCUCCCCGUCCCACCUCUGUCCUAGGGGGCCAGGCUGUACUGUGUGGUGGUGGUGGGCUGACUGUCAAGAUGUGUGUCCUGUACAUUUGUAUCAAAAAUAAAUAAGUGACCAUG